AUGUUUCGCACUAGCACCCACGUAGCAAGAAAUGUGACUCGUCACCUUACGGGCGCUAGCUUGCGCGGAUUGGCAUCCGUCGUUUCCCAAGAGAGCGACAUCGUCAUUGUCGGAGGUGGGCCCGCAGGACUCGCCCUUGCGAGCGCGCUCAAUUCGGAUAGGCUGCUUCGCGACACCCUCCGCGUGACACUUGUUGAAGCUAGUGACCUCGACAAGGUCCGGAAUUGGACACAAGGACAGGAUGCGUUCUCAAACCGCGUGAGCUCAAUUACGAACGCGUCGCAGGGGUUUCUUUCUGACAUCGGCGCGUGGGCACAUGUUGAAGACGGGCGUACAUGUUCUAUCGAGGAGAUGCAGGUCUGGGAUGGUAUUUCGGAUGCGCGCAUCACAUUUUCAUCCCACGACGGACUGCCUGGUGCGGGUCCAUCAUCACAAAUGGCACGACUCACAGAGAACCUGAACCUGCAACGCGCUCUCCUCCGGCACCUUGACAGCUCCUCCGCGAUUCAGGUUGUUGAAAAAGUCAAAGUUCAGUCAAUAGAACAUGAACAGCGUGAGGGAGGCGGCUGGCCGUUGGUGCAUCUUUCGGACGGUCGGACAUUGCGCGCGCGAUUGUUGGUUGGCGCAGACGGUUUCAACUCCCCAGUGCGUGCAUAUGCUGGCAUUCAGUCAUACGGUUGGGCGUACGACACUACGGCUAUUGUGGCCACCAUGAACCACCAUCCGCGCACCCUGCUUCAAGCCCCGAACACAACUGCAUACCAGCGGUUCCUACCAACUGGUCCCAUCGCGUUCUUGCCUCUUUCAUCGACGGCGUCGUCUCUGGUCUGGUCCACCAAACCACAUCUUGCCAAGGCACUUCUUGCCAGCGACCCAGCGAUUCUGGCCAGCAUGAUCAACUCUGCUUUCCGACUGCCAGAGGUCUCGCUCCGGUACCUGCACACACUCAUCGUGGAGUCCCUCGAGGGUGGCAAGCCAAUCGAUGCACGCCAAAUCGCGGAGGAGAUUGCGUGGAGGGAACGCUCGCACGGCAUCGACGCACAUUCCGCCUACUCGCUCUCCGGGGACGCCGUCGGGGUCCCUCCCGCAGAUGCCGACGCGCUGCCCCCUUUGGUGACCGGUAUCCAGUCCGGGACCGCGGCGUCCUUCCCCCUUCGGUUCAACCACGCAGACGAGUAUCUCGGCGACGGGCGCGGCGCGCGCACUGUCCUCAUCGGGGACGCCGCACACACUAUCCACCCGCUUGCGGGCCAGGGUCUCAACCUCGGUCUCGGCGACGUGGAAGCGUUGUUCCGGUGCAUCCACAAGACCGUCCUCAAUGGCGGAGACAUCGGGUCUCGCACUGCGCUCCUCCCAUAUGCGCGCGAACGCUACUUCGAGAACCACAAAGUGAUGUCCGCAUGCGACAAGCUGCACAAGCUGUAUGCGUCCACGGCGGAGCCUGUGGUGUGGGCGCGCUCGGUUGGCUUGGAGGUGCUCGACCAGCUCGACUCGGUCAAGGCGGCGGUCAUGCUGAACGCCGGGAGCUACGCCCGCCAGACCAACGUCUCGGGUGCUCAGCUUGGGGCGAAUGUGAUCGCAGAGGGGCUCAUGGGCUUUGGGAAAAGCCUCAGUACCGCACGGGCGGUAGCAGAGGGUGCAGCGGGCGUUGUGGGUGUUGGAGUUCGGGGUUUACUGCAGAACCUCGGAGGUCCUCGACAGUAA